AUGAGGCUGGUGUGGAAAUCCCUGGACAAGAUGAGGUGUCUGAGGAAACGCUCCACUAUUCCCUUCCUCGGCUUCCUCAUCACCUUCCUGCUCUUCCUGAACCUCUACAUUGAAGAUGGUUAUGUGCUGGAAGAGGACAAAAGGCAGCUUAGGGAAACAUCAGUCCACCCUCCGAGCUCAGAACGAUACGUUCACACCUUCAGAGACCUCAGUAAUUUCUCUGGAACCAUUAAUGUCACGUAUCGUUAUCUCGCUGGAACCCCGCUGAACCGCAAGAAGUAUCUUACCAUUGGACUGUCAUCAGUCAAAAGAAAAAGAGGGAACUACCUUUUGGAAACAAUCAAAUCCAUCUUUGAUCAGUCCAGUUACGAGGAACUGAAAGAGAUUGUGGUUGUGGUCCACCUGGCCGACUUUGACCUGGUCUGGUGUGAAAACCUGGUGCAGGAAAUCACCAGGAAGUUUGCUCACCACAUCAUAGCCGGACGCCUGCUGGUGAUCCAGGCUCCAGAGGAGUAUUACCCGUCUCUGGAUGGGUUGAAACGGAACUACAAUGACCCGGAGGACCGGGUCCGUUUCCGCUCUAAGCAGAACGUUGACUACGCUUUCCUCCUCAACUUCUGCACAAACCUCUCUCACUUCUACAUGAUGUUAGAGGACGAUGUGCGCUGCUCCAGGAACUUCCUGACAGCGCUGAAGAAGGUGAUCACCUCCAGAGAAGGUUCUUACUGGGUGAUGCUGGAAUUUUCUAAGCUGGGCUACAUCGGAAAGCUGUACCACUCCAGAGACCUGCCUCGUCUGGCUCAUUUCCUCCUCAUGUUCUACCAGGAAAUGCCCUGCGACUGGCUCCUCAUCCACUUCAGGGGUCUGCUGGCCCAGAAGGACGUGAUCCGCUUCAAGCCCUCACUUUUCCAGCACAUGGGCUACUACUCUUCUUACAAAGGAGCAGAGAACAAGCUGAAGGACGAUGACUUUGAGGAAGACUCUAUUGACAUUCCUGACAACCCUCCUGCCACCCUUCACACGAACAUCAACGUCUUUGAAAACUAUGAUGCCGCCAAGGCUUAUAGCACAGUGGACGAAUACUUUUGGGGGAAGCCUCCCUCUACUGGAGAUUUCUUUGUCAUAGUCUUUAACAAAUCUACCAAAAUUAGUAAAAUUAAGAUUGCAACUGGCUCUGACGACCGGCAGAAUGACAUUCUUCACCACGGAGCUCUAGAAGUAGGAGAGAAACUAGUUGGGACUAAAAAAGGAAAACAGUGUUCGUCCUAUAUCACAUUAGGGGAGUUUAAAAAUGGCAACAUUGAGGUUCAAGAUGUAGACCACAAGAUUGCCUUUGACAUUGAGUGUGUACGCAUUGUGGUGACAGCCAGUCAGAAAGAAUGGCUUAUUAUUAGAAGUAUAAGUUUAUGGACUACACAACCUCCCAGCCAAUGA